AUGUUCAAGUUUAUAACGGAUUCAAAUGGUUAUCCAGACAAGUUGGAUGCGGAUCAGUUGAGAUGGACACCGCAAUGUUUGGUAGUCGUGGUCGAAGCGUUCAACACUGGCAUCACACCUGGUCAUGUAGUCAAUGACAAGGAUCGACUGAUCAGCUUCAACAUCAUAAUGGACACUGAGCAAUAUGGCGUGCCACCUGAAAUCCCCAUGUUGGUCAUCAUUAUUGUCAUCAGCGUUGUAAUGAUUGCUAUCAUUUUCAAAUUCCUCUUUCCAAAGAUAAAGGGUCUUCAGUUGUUGGUCUAG